UUGUUUGCAGGGUUCAUGGAGGACCAGAGGCAGCUCUGCUGUAGAUAGAGCACUGCAGUACACAGUGGGACAGAAGAUCCACGGAUUCACUGUCAAAGAGGUUACAGCUGUGCCGGAUUUGUUUCUGACGGCCGUUAAACUCUCCCAUGAUGCCACAGGAGCUCAGUAUCUUCACGCUGCCCGAGACGAUUCCAACAACCUCUUCAGUGUGCAGUUUCGUACCACGCCGAUGGACAGCACGGGUGUUCCUCAUAUUCUCGAGCAUACGGUUCUGUGUGGCUCUCAGCGCUUCCCCUGUAGAGACCCCUUCUUUAAGAUGCUCAAUCGCUCUCUCUCCACCUUUAUGAACGCCUUCACAGCGAGUGAUUACACAAUGUAUCCGUUCUCAACUCAGAAUGCCAAAGACUUCCAGAACCUUCUCUCAGUCUAUCUGGACGCUGUUUUCUUCCCCUGUCUCAGAGAACUGGACUUCUGGCAGGAGGGCUGGAGGCUGGAGCACGAGACCCCCACAGACCCCUCGAGUCGUGUGGUGUUCAAGGGUGUGGUUUUCAACGAGAUGAAGGGAGUGUUUUCAGAUAAUGCUCAGCUAUACGCUCAGCACCUCCAGAAUAAACUCCUGCCAGAUCACACAUACUCUGUUGUGUCCGGAGGGGAACCGCUGGCCAUCCCUGACCUGACCUGGGAACAGCUCAGACACUUCCACGCCACACACUACCACCCCAGCAAUGCACGGUUCUUCACAUACGGGGACUUACCGUUGGAGCAGCACUUACAGCAGAUAGAGGAGGAGGCUCUGUCUAAAUUUGAGAGAACAGAACCCAACACUGCAGUUCCUCCCCAAAUGCUCUGGGACAAGCCUAGAGCGGAUCACGUGACUUGCAGGCCUGACGCACUGGUUCCUGACCCCAUGAAACAAAACACACUCUGCAUGAGCUAUCUGCUGGGAGACAUCACAGACACAUUUGAGUCGUUCACUUUGAGCCUCCUCUCCUCUCUGAUGAUCUCUGGUCCAAACUCUCCCUUCUACAAAGCCCUGAUCGAGCCCAAUAUCGGUUCAGACUUCUCCUCUUCAGUGGGGUUUGACGGCAGCACUAGACAUGCGUCCUUCACCAUCGGUCUUCAAGGCAUAGCGGAGGCCGACACUGAGGCGGUCAAGCAGAUCAUCGCCCAAACUAUCGAUGACAUCAUUGCAACUGGUUUUGAAGAGGAGCAGAUUGAAGCUUUGCUGCAUAAAAUUGAGAUUCAGAUGAAACAUCAGUCCACCAGCUUCGGCCUUGCUCUCACUUCAUAUAUUGCAUCCUGCUGGAAUCAUGAUGGGGAUCCGGUGCAGCUGUUGAAGAUCAGUGAGAGUGUGUCCAGAUUCAGGCAGUGUUUGAAAGAGAACCCUCGCUACCUUCAGGACAAAGUCCAGCACUACUUUAAGAAUAACACUCAUCAAUUGACCCUUUCCAUGAGUCCCGACGAGAGAUUCUUGGAGAAACAGGCUGAAGCUGAGGAACAGAAACUCCAGCAGAGGAUACAGAUCCUCAGCGAUGCGGACCGCAAAGACAUCUAUGAGAAAGGUUUGCAGCUGUUGGCUGCUCAGAGCACAACUCAAGACGCUUCCUGUCUACCCGCGUUAAAGGUGUCCGACAUUGAGCCGAUCAUUCCCUACACGUCUGUACAGCUGGAGAGCGCAGGUGGAGUGCCUGUUCAGUACUGUGAGCAGCCCACCAAUGGCAUGGUUUAUUUCAGAGCCAUGUGCAACCUCAACUCCCUCCCUGAAGACCUCAAGAUCUACGUUCCUCUGUUCUGCAGCGUCAUUACCAAGUUAGGCAGUGGGGAGCUGAAUUAUCGUCAGCAGGCCCAGCGUAUUGAGCUGAAGACUGGAGGCAUGUCUGUAUCUCCACAGAUCAUUCCAGACACUGAGGAUCUGGAUCUGUACGAGCAGGGUAUUAUACUGUCGUCUUCCUGUCUGGAACGUAAUCUACCGGACAUGCUUCAGCUGUGGAGUGACAUAUUUAACUGCCCUCGUUUUGAUGACGAGGAGCGUCUGCGUGUGCUGGUCAUGAUGUCAGCUCAAGAUCUGUCCAAUGGCAUCUCGUACUCCGGUCACAUGUACGCGAUGACACGGGCGGCUCGAUCCCUCACGCCCACAGCAGACCUGCAGGAGACCUUCAGCGGGAUGGACCAGGUCAAGUUUAUGAAAAGAAUCGCUGAGAUGACUGAUCUGACUUCAGUUUUGAGGAAACUUCCCCGGAUAAAGAGACACCUGUUUAACCCUGAGAACAUGAGGUGUGCCGUGAACGCCACGCCCCAGAAAAUGUCCGAUGCAGCCGUUGAAGUGGAGAGGUUUAUAGGGAAUAUAGCAGGAAACAGGAAGGACCGUAAACCUGUCAGGCCAACCAUUGUGGAGAGAGCAUUAGGUCCUAGUGCCGGAUCAGCUGUGAGUCGUAAACUCAUCUCAGAGCCUCAUUUUAAACCCUGUCAGAUGAAGACGUACUUCCAGCUUCCGUUUACUGUGAACUUUCUCAGCGAGUGUGUGCGUACGGUCCCGUUCUCACACGCCGACUAUGCCAGUUUGUGUAUUUUAGGAAGGAUGAUGACUGCUAAGUUCCUCCAUGGAGAGAUCCGUGAAAAGGGCGGGGCUUAUGGAGGCGGGGCCAGAAUGGGAGGAGGUGGCCUGUUCGCAUUUUAUUCCUAUAGAGAUCCAAACUCCACCCAAACGUUGUCGGCUUUCCGUGGCGGAGUAGAGUGGGCGCGAGCGGGAAGGUUUACCCAGCAGGAUAUCGACGAGGCCAAGCUCUCAGUUUUCUCUGCCGUUGAUUCACCUGUUGCUCCCUCAGAUAAGGGUUUGGGGCGUUUUUUGAACGGCAUUACAGACGAAAUGAAGCAAAGACACAGAGAGAGACUGUUCGCUGUGACCGACAAGAACCUAAUUGACGUCGCUGGCAGGUAUCUAGGUAUUGGCCAGCAGACAUGUGGAGUGGCUAUUUUAGGCCCGGAAAAUGAAAGCAUCAAAAAAGACCCGUCCUGGGUGGUCAAAUAGACGUUUUCCCCUCUGUUCUUGUUUUUAGGAUUGUGAAAGACACGCACACUCCUGGAUCACGCACAAAUCAACAGUGUUUUCCUCAUUACAGGAGUCAUCUUGAUGAACUGAAGUGCUCCUAAACAGUCAAGUGCUGAGAGGACCUGAAUUAAAGUACCACUUAUUAGGCCAGCAAAUCUACUUUUGUUUACACUGCACAUUGUUUAUGGUGGACUCAAAAACAGCUCAUAUGAUAAAAGUGUAGUUUGAGUCUGAAACUUAUAAAAUAGAAAAUGAUUAUUUAUUAGAUGUAUAGAAUUAUUAUAAAUUUCAUCAUGUUUAACUAGAAU